AUGAACGGCGCCGCGACGAGGAGAGGGGGUUCGGCAGGAGGGGCGGUCGGACAGAGUUUCAAUGGCUUCACUCCCCCGGGGAGGAUGCUUCCUCCAGGUGGUCCGCCCGCCGUAACACCGACGGCAAAGGCGUUGGUAGAAGGCUACAGAAAGGACAUUUUCAGCGGCUUCGCGAAGGAGAGGCCACAGUCCAUUCCCUCCGAUGAGAACCGGCCACAGAGUUCCGCACUCGUCGACCUAAAAGAUCCCAUUCAGGUGCAUCUCCUGACCGAAACCGCCCUUUCCGACAGCAGGACGUUCGAGAUUCUGUCGCAAGAGGAGGUGGACGACCUCAAGAAGCAGAUCCAGUCCCUUUCCAUGCGCAUCGAGCAGGCCCGAGCAAACCUCGCGAUACAGUCCAAGUACCGUGACGCCGCGAUUUCAAUGGCUAAGCUGUACUCGCCCUCCAAGGCGGACGGCAAGAGGAGGAGUUUGCUGAGCAAUCGGAUGAGCGACUCGGCGGCCAAGGAGGCGGAGAUGGAAAGGCAGGCCAGCGAGCGUCGCUGUGAGGAGCUGGCGGCGGAGUUGUUCUCCCUCGAGAAGCGCCUCAUGGAGCCUCAGCGGCGUCUACUGCAACACACAGCCGGCAUUCUGCAGAUGACGCACCGCGCCUCUUCCAAGAAAUCCGGGCCGGUGCCGGUCACGCCAAUGAUGAAUGGCAUCCCUAGCAGCCCCGAGAGCCUCUACACCUACACGAACACCCGCAACAGCAUGGAGAUCCCCAGCGACGAGCUUGACUUCAACGACAGGAGUUUGUACCUGCCGCUGGACCAGCCGGAGGGCCCAGGUGCACGCCGGCGCAAAAACACCAUCGAGAUACCUCUGAAGUCGCCUAUCCGCGAACAGAAUGCGCAGCUGCGUGACCUGCGCGAGGAGCUAGAGAAAGUGAAGGAGGAGAACGAGCGGAUUAUGGAGGAGAACAUGCAGCUCAAGACGGCGGAGCAGCAUAAGCUCAGGGAAGACGAGGCACGUGCCAGAGACGAGAUAUCCCGGUUACAGUCGAGAGAGCAGGAGCUCAGGGAGGAGCACGCGAAAGCCCUGGAGGAGAGCUCACGCAUCAGGAGCGAGACGUCACAACUGAUGGACGAGACGUCGCGACUCAAGGAUGCCGACUCGCGGCUCAAGGCGAUCGAGCAGCAUAUGAGCGCUGAAACGGAGGCUCUCCGGGCGCAGAUCACAAGCCAGCUACGCACAAUCUCGGAUACGGAGGCGAAGCUGGAGGUCUUGAACAGCAAGCUCCGGGAUGUUAUUGUGGGAUUUCAUCCAACGAAGAACGGGACAUACGGAGGCCCUGGGGUUGCGGCCGGCUCUGGCGAGACCUUGCCAGGCCAGCUGGAGUACUUGGAGAGAGGCUUGGCCACCGCCUUGGAAGAGCAGAAGUUAUAUGCGGCUGAAGCAUCCAGGGCCGCUGAAGACGCCGCCGCUGAGGCCUCGGCAAUGGCGUCCUCUCUCAGCCAGGUGGAAGCGUCGCUCGACCAAGCCAGCGCGCGCGUCCAGGCUCUGACCCGGCAAGUGCAGGCCGUGCUGCAACAGACAGGUUCCAGCCUACCGGCGCCGGCUGAAGCUGAUCUAGAUCAGCAGCUCGAGUACCUAGAGGAGUCCCUCAGAGCCCUGGAAUCGGAGCUUGGCAAGGCUCGCGAAGCGUCAUCGUCUGCUUCUGCCAAGAAGCAGAACAUCGAACAGGUUGACGCGGUCCUCAUGGGCUUGUGGGAGAUCAUUCAGACGGGCUACGCCGAGAUCGAGCAGCAAAGGGCCGCUCGACGGCAGAACCGCGCCCUGGGUCAGGGCGGCGAUGACGACGACGAACUGUCCAGCAACGAGUUCGAGGGCGAUACCAAUGAGCCGUACUCCCUGCAAGCCUUCUCGACCAAGGUUCAAUGGCUAUACGCACAGGCAACCGGCCUGAGGGAGCAGAAAUACAUCCUGCAGCGACAAAUCAAGCAGCAGCGCGAACUCAACAACCGCAGCGAAUCCGAGAAGGAUCGCGAGCUCAAAGCCAAAUCCGACGAGCUCGAACAGACGCACCACCUCCUCGACGAAGCAGAGCGCGCUGCUCAGGAAGCCCAAACCCAGCUCCAACGGGUCCUCGCCGACAUGGACACCCUCCAGAAGACCACGGCCGCCAACGAAGCCGCCUCGGCCUCCUCGACCAAGGCGAUCCAAGACCAGCUCAAGGAGCGCACCGCCCGCAUCGCCGCGCUGGAGUCCGAGGUGCGUGAGGCCGAGUCCCGCCUCGCCACCGCCGAGGCCAACACCUCGGCUACGCAGUCCCAGCUCCAGCAAUCCAACUCGGCCCGCACAGCGGCCGAAGCCGAGCUCGCCACCCUCCAGUCCCAACUCGCGUCCGCCACCGAGGCGGCCAACACCGCCUCGGCCGAGGUCAGCAAGCUCCAGCAGGAGCUCCAGUCCAAGGACGCCGAGCUCGAGAGCAUGAACACGAUGGUGAUCGAGCUCAAGACCGAGGUGGCCUUCACAAAGGCCGAGCUCGACGGCGCGUACGGCUCGCGCAAGCAGCGCGCCGCCGAGGCCGCCGCUGCCGCUAACAACAGCAAUAAUAACAACAACGGCAACACGGAGGAGCUCAACCAGCAGAUCGUGCGGCUGCGCGCCGAGCUGGAGAAUGCCCUGCGCGACCUGGAGGAGAUCACGCGUGAGUCGAUCGCCGCGGAACGGGACCGCCUGGAGAUUGAGAGCAAGCUGGACGAGGUCGUGGGCGUCAAGUCGGACCUGGAGGCCGAGGUGGGUAGCUUGAGGGACCGGCUGGCGCGAGCGCAGGAGGAGCUCGAUAAGGAGCGACUCAAGCCUGCUGCCGCGGGGACGAGAGGCGGGGCGGGGGCGAGUAUGUUGAGCGAGCAGUUCCGUGGCAUGAUGAAGGAGGAGCGGAGGAAGUUCCAGGAGGAGUUGAAGGUGAGUUUUCUCUUUUCUUUUUCCUUGGUGGUCCUGACGGGCUUGGAAACUGGGAGAGAGAAAGAGAGAUCGAUACUAAUGAUUGCGUUUUUCUUUUCUUUUCUGCAGGAGGAACAAGCGAAACGCCGCAAGCUGGAGGACGAGCUACGCUCGAUGAGGAGGGGCGGUCUCAGUCCCCUCCAGGCCACGCGCGCUUCUACUGCAAGGGGUACGCUCAGCCCCAGGUGA